CCUACCUAGGCACUAAAUAUUUGUCAAUGAAAUAACAGAAAUGUGACUUUCUCGAACCAAGCCACAUAAAAGGCUCGGCGCGGCGCAAUGUUUUUUUUUAACAUUGGCAUCUUUCUGCUGCUGGCAUCCUUUAUGACUUCAAAACAUUACUUUUAUUUUAUUUAUAACUCUGGUAACACACGCGCCUGCGCAUGGUCACCCGUGUGCGCUGAACGACUGACGUUUAAUAAUCUUAGGUAUUUGUUUGUUUGUAUGUGUAUGUCUAGAGGUGGAACAUUAUGUAGGUAGGUAUAUUGACGGCAGAGUUUCGUAUGGGUUUUCCUCAUUUUUUUCCUGGAAGCCAUUCUGUUUGAUAAAAUUAAUAUUACGCAGAUUGUACUGAGUGGAAGUGAGGCAAAGUGCGACCGAAUUUAGUGUAAUGUAACAGACUAAAUGCAGUUAAAGAGAAAAGACUGGUGCUUAUGAUUAACGUGUAGUGAAAUGAAUGAUUGUCUCGCGUGCAGCGUAUAAGUGACAGAGAUGGCGCGCUGCUGGCUGACGCUGGCGGGGCUGCUUGCGCUGGCGCGGGCGCCGGGCGCCGCCGCCGCCGACCCGCCCGAGUGCCCGCUGCCGGCCCGCUGCAAGCUCGGCGGCUACGGCCAGAACGAGUACCCCUACACCGUGGAUGGUUUGCAAGUGAUGAUCCAAUACACAGACAGUGGCUACUUCGCACUGAAAUGUCCCAAAAAUAUAACGCUGGACAACCCGGCGCUACCGCGGUUCAAGAGCAAGCUGCGCGUGUCCAAGGCUCAGCUGGAGGACUGCCCGGCGCCGCGCGACUCGUACGCCGACGCACUCGACCGGCUCAACGUGCUCGUGCUCGACAAGCUCAAGCUCGUGCGGCCCGGCGCGCUGCGGGCCGCGCACCUGGCGCCGCUCGGCGAGCUGCCCGCGCUCGAGCUCGUGCAGGCCAGCCUGGCGCCCGGCGCGCUGCAGCCCCUGCGCGGCUUGCAGCGCCUGGCGCUGGACGGCGUGCGCCUGCCGCCCUCCGAGCUCGCGCGCCUGCCGCCCGGUCUGCAAGCGCUGCACCUGGCGCGCCAGCACCAGCCCGUGCGCGCCGCCGACCUGGCCGCCCUGCCGCGCCUCGCCAACCUCACGGUGCGCGACUCCGAGGACGUGCCCGUGGAGCCGCCGCCCGGCCUGCGCGCGCUGGCGCUGGAGAUGCCGGCGCCGCACGUGGCGGCGGCGCUGCCGGCCGGCCUGGAGAGCCUCACGCUGUUCGGCUGGGACGCGGCCGCGCCCGAGCCGUGGGCGCCGUGCGGGCUGCGCGAGCUGUACGUGCGCUUCCCCAACGCCUCCAGCCUGCCGGCGGGCUGGCUGGCGGCCUGCGCCGACCUGGCGUCCGUGCGCGUGGAGGACGGCGAGCAGCUGACGGCGCUACACGCGACGGCGCUGCACGGCGCGGCGCUGCGCGAGCUGCGCGUGACGUCGUGCGCGCUGGCGGCGCUGCCGGCCGGCCUGCUGGACGCCGCGCCCGACCUGCUGCUGCUGGACCUGUCCGACAACCGGCUGACGGCGCUGCCGGGCGGACUGUUCGUCGUCACCAAAAAGCUGCGAAUGUUAAACUUGUCCAGGAACCGGCUGACGACGAAUGUGUUCGACUCACUGGCGGCGGUCACGUCGCUCACUACGUUGAACCUCAGCUUUAAUGAUUUGAAAGACUCGUGCGGAGGCGCGGCGGACACCGUGCGAGGGUCAUCACCCUUGCAGUAUUUGACAUCGUUGGAAAAAUUUUAUUUGCGCAAGACUAACACGAGUGUCAUCUGUCAGGACUGGCGCACUAGCAUGUCUCGGCUGAAGGAGCUCGACCUCUCGUACAACAACAUCUCCGUGGUCACGUUCACAGACCUGCGGUUCUCCAGCGAAGCCGAGGUGGACCUGCGCCGCAAUCCCGUCGCCCGCCUCGAGUACUCGCGCGACGACGUCUCGCGCGCCGCCGCCGUCGCGCCGCCGCUAGCCGCCGUGCGCCUGGACCCGCUGCCGUGCGACUGCCGCGCGCACUGGGCGGCCGAGGCGCUGCGCAGCUCGCCGCAGCACCUGCGCGUGGCGCCGCGCUGCGCCGGCGGCGCGCUGCUGGGCGCCACGCCGGCGCACGCGCUGCUGUGCGCGGCGCCGUGCGCGGCGGGCUGCGCGUGCGGCGCGGGCGCGGCGGACGCGGCGCCGCGCGUGCUGCGCGUGCAGUGCGCGGGCGCGGGGCUGCAGCGCGUGGGUGACGCGGUGCGGGGAGUGUCGCGGGCGCUGGCGGCGCGCGGGGCGGCGGCGGCGCAGUUCGAGUGGCGCCUGCUGCUGCCGCACAAUAACAUCUCGGAGCUGGAGAUCGCCGAGCUGCCCGCGAACCUCUCGGUUUUGGAUCUGAGCGAUAACAAGAUAUCGGUGCUGAAGGAGGAGGUGGUGCAGGCGCUAGUGCAGCCGCCGCGGCGACUGUUCCUCGCGCGCAACCCGCUCGACUGCUCGUGCAGCCACGCCGCCGCGCUCGCCGCCCUGCGCCCGCCCGCGCUCGCCGACCUGCCCCACGCCACCUGCGCCGGCGGCGCCGCGCUGCUGCACGCCCGGCCGCGGCCCUGCGCCGGCCUGCCCGUGCCCGCCGUCGCCGCCGCCGCCGCGCUGCUGGCGCUGCUGGCGGCCGCGGCGCUGGCGGCGGCGCUGUGGCGCCCGGCGCUGCGCCUGCGCAUCAAGGCGGCGCUGCACCAGCGCGGCUGGCUGGCGCCCGCCGAGCCCGACGACGACGGCCGCCGCUUCGACGUGUUCGUGUCGUUCGCGCACGCCGACGAGCACUUCGUGCGCACGCAGCUCCUCGCGCGGCUCGAGGCGCCGCCCGCGCCCUACCGCGUGUGCGUGCACUACCGCGACUGGGCGCCCGGCGGCUGGAUCCCCGCGCAGAUCGCGGCCAGCGUCCGCGCCUCGCGCCGCACGCUGGCCGUGGUGUCGGAGCACUUCCUGCGCUCGGGCUGGGCGCGCGCGGAGCUGCGCGAGGCGUACGCGCUGGCGCUGCGGGACGCGCGGCCGCGCCUGCUGGUGCUGCUGCUGGCCGAGCCCGCCGCGCUGCCGCUGGAUGCCACGCUGCGCCGCUACCUCGCCGCCAACACCUACCUGCAGUGGGGCGACCCCUGGCUGUGGCACAAGCUGCGCCUCGCGCUGCCGCCCGCGCGCGGCCCUGCGCCGCCCGCGCCCGAGCGAGAGGCGGGCUCGGCGGCGUCGCUGGACGGCUCCGGCGGCACCGCCAGCUCAUCGUGCUCGUCGGUGCCGGCGGCGGAGGAGCCGAGCGGGCCGGGGCCGGGCGGCGCGGCGCCGGCGGGGCCGGAGCUGGCGCGGCUGCUGCGCGGGCCGUGCGCGGCGCCGGCCGCGGCCGUGCUGCCGCCGUACACUGCGGUGGCGGUGUAGUGCCGCGUGCUGCCGCCGUGCACUGCGGUGGCGGUGUAGUGCCGCGUGCUGCCGCCGUGCACUGCGGUGGCGGUGUAGUGCCGCGUGUGCCAUUACGGCUGAUUGUGACGCAGUGCUUGUGGAUCGAUGAAUACAUCAAACUGUGGAUUAUUUCUCUCUAUAGAUAUAGAAUCUCAAAUACCUAGAAAAAUCAAGGCGUUAGACAUAUAUACCACUCAGUUGGAAUGUAGCGAACAUUCGCAUCUGGAAUGGAGUUGUGACUCCACAUUAGUGCGUCAAAAAAACCCUUCAGCUGUAGAGUAGGUAUAAGUAAAGAAAACCUUCUUAUUGUCCCUGCACUCCUAGAAUACGUUUUCAUCCGAUUGGAAACUAAUAACUGAUUGUCUGAGAAACAAUGCAUUAUGCACGUUGUCUAGGCAAUUGUUUUAAUUCCUCUAAGUACGUAUCUGAUAUACACUUACGCCUUUAAUUAAAGAAUUGCAUUUAUGACAUUGUAUGUUAUGUUAAUGUUAAUAUAUUGUGUUUUACAUGAAGUUUAAUUUUUUUUAGAAUAAUUUGUUACGACUGUAUCAAGACACAAGUGCUUAGUGUCCGAGUAAGUAAUAAAUAACAAAAAAUCUGCAUCAAAA